GGCGGCGAGCAUGGCUCUCAGAAUUACAGCUUCGUCUCCCUCUGCCCAUUUUUCACUCAACGCAUAAAUCUGUAGAGCCAUUGGUAUACAUCCUCGUCCAUCAUGUUCUUCUGUGCCAUCUCUGGCUCGCCUCCGACCGUUCCAGUGGUCUCAAAGACCUCCGGAACCGUGUACGAAAAGGCUCUCAUUGAGCGGUACAUUGACGAGAAUGGAACUGAUCCAAUUUCUGGAGAGGCUCUGACGAGAGAGGAUUUGAUCGAUGUGAAAGCCAAACCGUCCACUCUUCCACCCCGCCCUGCCAACCAAACGUCCAUUCCUGCCCUUCUGACUGCUCUUCAAUCUGAAUACGAUGGGAUCAUGCUCGAGUCAUUGGAGAUCAAAAAGUCUUACCAGAGCUCCAGACAAGAGCUGGCAAACGCUUUAUACAGGGAAGAUGCAGCUACACGAGUCAUUGCGAGAUUGAUGAAGGAGAGAGAUGAGGCGAGGGAAGCUUUGACUUCUCUGCAAAAGACGAUGGGCUUCGCCCCUUCACAGCCUGCUGCUGCCGAGGCUAGCGAGGAUGUCGAGAUGCCUGCUGAGAGGGCUGAGGGGGCUCUGCCUUCUGAAGUUGAGUCCAAGAUCAUGGAGACGAAUCAAGCCCUCUCUUCAGUCCGAAAGAAGCGCAAGGCUCCUGCCGGUUACGCUACCCCUGACCAGGUCAAAUCUUACGCUCAAAUCAAUCACGUCCCUUCUCUCCACGCUACCAAGCCACCAGGUAUCUCCGCGCUGGACGUUGCAUCGAACGGGAAGACCAUCUUGACUGGAGGAGCGGACAAGGUCGUUCAAGUAUUUGAUUUGGAGGAGUCAAAAGUCGUAGGAACGCUCAAAGGACACACCAAACCUAUCACUCACGUCGCUUUCCGUGAAGACCCUAACGGUCUGCUCGCGCUUUCAGCAAGUGCAGACAAGCAUGUACGAGUAUGGGGAGAAGACGGUGGCAAGUGGGGCUCCAAAGCCAAUCUUGGCGGUUUCAAAGGAGAUGUCACUGGUCUCGCUGUUCACCCAUCCGGAGCCUACGUCGCAGCAUCCUCUACGGACUCCACUUGGCAGCUUUUCGAUUUGGAGACUGCUCAAUCUGUCAUGACGUACUCUGCUGUUCCUGGUAUCGAUGGGUCAUUCUCUUACGCUUCAUUCCAAGUUCAUCCCGACGGCGUUCUCCAUGCUGGAGGUACCAAGGAAGGAACUGUGCGAGUCUGGGACGCUCGUCAAUCAUCUUCACUGGCCGCGACAUUGGAAUCACAUCCCUCUGAUCUCACUACCUUGUCAUUCUCCGAGAACGGUUACUAUCUCGCCACUGGAUCCAGUGCCGAUCCUACCAUCAACAUCUUUGACCUUCGAAAACUGAGCAUUUUGUCCAGCUGGAAAUUGCCGGCGGAGAAUCAAGUGUCUGAAGUCAGGUUCGACAAGUCUGCUCAGUUCCUCUCGGUGGCAGGCACAGAUCUCAGAGUGUACGCCAACAAGACUUGGGACGAGCUGCUCAAGUUUGAGGAGAAUGCUGGUCUGCUUACCGGCGCGAGAUUUGUCAAACUUGGUUCAGAGAUUGUUACUAGUGGCAUGGACAGGACAGUCCGAGUCUUGGGUACACAGCCAUAGAGCCGUACGAGAAUGUUUGUAUGUGUGAACGAGAGAGCGAGAACGAGAGAGCGAGAACGAGAGAGCGAGAGAGAGAG